AUGGGGGUAAUUGAGCAAGUCAGAGUUAAACCCACUCUAGACACAUCCUGGGAAGCACUUAAGGAUCAGAGGAAGAUUCCCAACAGUCUGGACCUCUUCUCCAAGAUUGACCCUCUAGAAGUGGUGGCACAUUAUCUGAAUGAUCUUGCAAGCCAAGGCGUUGACAUAUCAGAGUUCUCUGUGGAUUGGCCGCCUGAGCAUCCACCAAACUUCAUGAAGAGAAUGCGAGAGCCCUCUGAAAAAUCAAAGAAGGCCAAGAAGGAUAAAUUAGGGGAAACUUCUGGGUCAAGACCUCCAGUCCCUCUGGCUGAUUCUCCAAAAACACCACCCUCCACCACCAAAACCUCUAACCCACCUUCUCUAAAAUUCAAUCUCACAACCACUACCUUACUCGUUUCUGAAGCAGAAAUAUUGAACGAAACCACCUCAUCGUCUUCUUCUACACCUUCAUCCCCACUAUACUACAUUCUCUCAUCAGACACCGAACCCUCUGACCCCCAAUUCCCCACACUAGCCCAACUUCAGGCGUGUGCUCUUGCCUCACAGCAACCACCACAACCUGAACCAGAAACCACCUCUCCACCCCCUGAACAACCAACAAAUCCACCCCAAUCUGAACAACCACAACCACCACCUUCUGAACAACCAGCAACUCCACCCUCUGAACAACAACCCACAAUACCACCUACACAAAAAACACCACCACCCUUUGAUAUUCCCACCAUACCAACCUCUGAGGAUCAUCCCUACUCACACUCCCGCUGA